AUGGGUUCAAAGAGGGAAGAUGACCCAUUAAUCAAAAGUGAGAUCAAUGACGAAUUAAGGAAUUGGUUAAGCCUAAGCCUCAAUACAGAUGAGGCAGAUGCAAAGUGUACUACUACACAAUUAAGCUGUGGUAGUAUGAUUAAGACUUUUACUUGUAGCUUUUGUCAAAGGAAAUUCUUGAACUCACAAGCUCUCGGUGGGCACCAGAAUGCACAUAAAAGAGAGAGAGGGGAAGUCAAGAGACAUAAGCUGCUGAUGAAAGAAAUAGGGUUACCUCUGUGCAAUGUUCGGGAAGUUCGGUCGCUUGGAAUUCAGGCACAUUCCCUUGUUCACAAGUCGGUUAGCAGAGAGAGCUUGAUGUUGGGUGCUGCUCGGUUCAAUGAGUUCAAUUCCGGGUCUGGAACCACAUGGUGUGGUGGUUCAUAUGUGACUGGAGAAGGAACUGGUCUGGUUUGGCCUGGGAGUUUUCGGGUUCAAACACAGCAGCCUAGUAAGCAAUUUGUGAACCAUAAUGAGAUUAACUUGAAUCUUAGCCUAUGA